UAACGAUUGAACUUAUGGAUUCCGAAUAACUCAUGUGACUUCCGCAUCAUCAUAAUUUUAUUUUGCAUGAAAACUCUCAUUGAUCCAAAAUGUAUUCAAUGCCAGAGAUAACAUUUAACAUUGACCACGGCUAUCUGGAGGGCUUAGUGAGAGGUUUUAAAGCUGGUAUUCUAACACAGAACGACUACCUGAAUUUAGUACAAUGUGAAACUCUGGAUGAUUUAAAGUUACACUUACAGAGUACAGAUUAUGGCAAUUUUCUGGCCAAUGAACCAAGUCCACUGACAGUGUCUGUUAUUGAUGAUAAACUAAAAGAAAAGAUGGUUGUAGAAUUUCAGCAUCUGCGGAAUCAUUGCUUAGAACCUUUGGCAACAUUCCUUGAUUAUAUAACCUAUAGUUACAUGAUAGAUAACAUUAUACUGCUAAUUACUGGGACAUUACAUCAACGUCCACUGAGUGAACUUAUACCAAAAUGUCACCCUCUUGGAAGUUUUGAACAGAUGGAAGCCAUUCAUAUAGCCUCUACCCCUGCAGAGCUAUAUAAUGCUGUAUUGGUAGAUACACCAUUAGCUCCAUAUUUUAUUGAUUGUAUUCUGGAACAAGAUUUGGAUGAGAUGAACACAGAAAUCAUUCGAAACACGUUAUAUAAGGCAUACCUGGAAGACUUCUAUGCAUUUUGUCAAGAAACAGGUGGAGCUACAGCAGAUGUCAUGUGUGAAGCCCUCUCUUUUGAAGCAGAUAGAAGGGCAUUCAUCAUAACCAUCAACUCGUUCGGUACAGAACUAACAAAAGACGACAGAUCCAAACUAUACCCACACUGUGGUAAACUGUAUCCAGCAGGACUGGCCAGAUUAGCACAGGCUGAUGACUAUGACCAAGUCAGAGCAGUAGCUGAUUGCUUUACUGAAUACAAAGAAUUGUUUGAAGGUGCUGGAACCAACCCAGGAGACAAAACAUUAGAAGAUAAAUUCUUUGAACAUGAGGUUAAACUGAUGAAGAAUGCCUUCAUGCAACAAUUCCACUUUGGUGUGUUCUAUUCCUAUGUAAAACUGAAAGAACAAGAAAAUCGUAACAUUAUCUGGAUUUCAGAAUGUGUAGCACAACAACACAGGGCCAAAAUUGAUAGUUACAUUCCUAUAUUUUGAUGAGAUCUGAACACAAGGGAGACAACUUUUUGAAACAAAAUAAAUUUCAGGGGAGAUAAUUCAAUUUUACAUUGUACAUUCCUCAUAAUGAAUGAAAUUGUUUGUAUAGCAUGUAUGUCAAGAAAUAUUAUUAAUUUACAAUCACUUUAAAAUAGGCUAUACUACAUUUGUUAUUAAACAAUAUUACUUCUUUGUUGAAAAAUGUGAUUGCAUGAUGGUUGUACAAUCUACAUUAAUAGUUAUUUAUUUCAAUGAAAAUUGCUACAAAAUGCAAGUUGUUUAUUAUGUAAAGUUUUAUUUAUUUUGGUUUAAGGGUUGAAGAAUUAUAGGAAAACAGUCAUGAAAUGUUUAGUAUAUUUCUCAAUGAUAUACAUUUUAAAUUUAUCUAGUCAUAAAUAUUAGGCUGAUAUAAAAAAUAUUCAUUUAAAGGUCUAGUUAAUAUAGAAUAUAUUUUAUAUUAAUCUAGAGAAAAAAAAUAGGUUAUAAAACAAGGAAAUAAUUUUUUCAAAUUGGAAAAAAGUCCUAUUAAUAGUUUAGUUAGCAUUAGUUAAACAUUCUGAAUUUAGUAAUAAACACAUUUGUUUGUUUCAAGUCAAAAUUUCUUCAGAUGUCCUCUUUUUUUGUUGUUGGGUUGCUGUUCCAUCGUCGUGAAAAUGUAUAACCCACAUCUUCUUUUAUUCAUCUUAGGUGCAUGACUCUUGCUUGAUAAUGAUAAAUAGUUCGCAGUCCUCACUUGUUUCUGCAAAAACAAAUCUUUAUCACACAUUUUUCAAAAACGCCUGUUAACAUUAUGUUAUAUAAUCUCUAAUAGUGCUAUUUCAAAGAUUAAUACAGUAUAAAAGAAAUUUUUUUUUAUGAAGUGUUGUUAAAAAACCUAAUAUACCAUAGAAGUAGAUGCGAGUUAGUACAUAUUAUUCAGAUCUUUGGAAAAGAAAUAUUAAUUUAUGUGUAAUGAUAUUAGAAUGUGAUAUAUUUUGUUGUGUAAAUAUCGUUGUACAUUAAAGAGAAUAAAUAAAUGGUCAUUAAAUCAUUGAAAUCC